CUAUGAAAUUCAUCGGAAUACUUCUAAUUCUGGCAGUUACUGCAUCAGCAGCACCCCAAGGAUACAACUUGGGAGCACCCUCUAGUUCAGGGCUUGCUUCCGGUCCUGGGUCUACUGCUGGCGGCACAACAACCGAUGGAGACUUCGUCAUUGGAGGCGCAGCUACUGGAUGCCAGGAAGGAGAGGUCCUUCACGUAGAUGGGACAUGUGCUACCCCUGAAAUUACAAGAAAGAUUUACGUAUUUGAUGUUCCUGAACAGGAGAGACCCGUUGGUCCCCCACCUAGCAUUCCUCCUCCAGCAGUGGACCACAAUAUUUUGUUCGUGCGCCUUCCCGAGGAAGCACCUGCACCUGACCCUAUCGUACUUCCUCCACCAAGGCAAAACAACAUCGUGUACGUACUCAACAAGCAAGAAGAACAAGCUCAACGAGUGAUCGAAGUACCAGCUCAGCCACAAGCUGAUCCCGAGAUUUAUUUCGUUAAUUACCAAGAUGGCGAGAAUCCAACCCUUCCCUUGGGAGUAGACCUUGAAACUGCUCUCGGCGCCGCUGCCACAGCCGGUGGUCAGGUUCUAGGAGGCGUCGAUGGAGCUGGUGAAGAAGCUGGAGUUGGUGGAGCAGCUGGAUUUGGAGGUGUAGUUGGAUUAGGUGGCACAGGCGGAGUUGUUGGAGGACAUGGGGGAGUAAAUGGAUUUGGUGUUAAUGGAGCCACUUCUGGCUUAGGGGUUAAUGGUGGUUCGGGAGGGUUCCAAGGCAGUUCAGUAAGUCGACCAUCAGGUUUAUACUCCUCACCUUAAAACAAACUUUGAAUUUUUAAUUAUUAUUUAACCUAAGAAUUAUUGUCUUUUUGUUU